GUGUGUUUAUCAGUCAAAUGUGUCAGAGAUCCCUGGUGCAUAUUGGAGAGAGAUUUUUUAAAGCCUCAUUUGGUUUGAAAUGAUCCUGGGCUCUGAUUACAUUGUCAUCAAGUGCCCAGGAAACAACGUGUAGUGGACUGUGUUAACACAACAAAUAAAGGGCGAGAUUGUGGUGCUUUUACUUACCCGAGUGAGCGACAAGUCGUGUCCGAUGGGAGCCGAGGAGAGUACUCGCGUGAGUAAGUGCUCCCCAACAUGAAUAAGGGCUUCAGAGUCUGGGAGAAAUGAAUCCAGCUGCUCAUAACUAGCAGUGGGUGAGACACCUGGAAUAAUAAUAAAGCAGAUUGUGGCACCUGGGGGUUAUCUGUUUUCAUCAUCUAUUUUCACCCAAUCCAGAGCUGUUUAUCCAAAGCUCGUUGAACUCUGGGAUUCAGAUAACGUGGGACUCGGCUUUGGUUUUGCCCAGCCCGACUAAGGUUUGGCAUGCUUAAAACCAGCCUUGAUUUUGCCCAUCUGGGGCUGCCCAUGUUCAGAACAAGGAGCUCCUAACUAGUGUUUAAACUCAGUCCCUUCACAAUCCAGUGUCGGUGCUUCCUGGCAUCCUGCAAACAUGCCAGCCAGGUGUUUUCUUAAUUCAUUCCAGUGAUUUGCUAACCUCCCAGCCUAAGGUGUACAGCGUGUGUUCUCUUUGCAUGACGCUGCAUGUUUAUUCACAGCAUUGUGCGAUCGGCUGCAGUGCAUUUUAAUUCUGUGCAUUGUUCUCUGGGGCUGGUGAUGCCGUUGUAUUGUGCUGAGUUUUUAAGAGUGCGAACAGCACGGCUGAUGUGACUGAGUGAGGGCCUACUCUCAGCUGGACCUGGAUGAAACUAAAUGGUUCAGUCUCCGUUACCCACACGCACAGCGAGACAGGCAUAUUGAAAGAGAUGGAGUUAGUGUAACUAAAACAUUGAAAAAUGAUGCAAGAUUCACCCAGUUCCCUGGCAAUGGAUGGAUACUCCAGUAAUGUGCCAGCAUUCCUGACUAAACUGUGGACGCUGGUGGAAGAUCCUGAAACAAACCAUCUAAUUUGCUGGAGCACUAAUGGCACCAGCUUCCACGUUUUCGAUCAAGGUCAGUUUGCCAAGGAGGUGCUGCCUAAGUAUUUCAAACACAACAACAUGGCCAGCUUUGUCCGGCAGCUGAACAUGUAUGGCUUCAGGAAAGUGGUAAAUAUAGAGCAGGGUGGCCUUGUCAAGCCUGAACGUGAUGACACUGAGUUCCAGCAUCUUUAUUUCCUACAAGGCCACGAACACCUCUUGGAACACAUCAAAAGGAAGGUCUCUGUCGUGAAAAGCGAGGAAACGAAGAUGCGCCAGGAGGAUCUCAGCAGGUUGCUCUACGAAGUCCAGAUUCUGAGAAGUCAGCAGGAGAACAUGGAGUGUCAAAUGCAGGACAUGAAGCAACAGAAUGAAGUCCUGUGGCGGGAAGUUGUAUCUCUCAGGCAGAAUCAUUCUCAGCAACAGAAAGUGAUCAACAAGCUGAUUCAGUUUCUGUUCGGCCAGCUCCAAUCAAACCCCAGCGGCGCUGGGAUAAAGAGAAAACUACCUCUGAUGUUAGAUGAUGGAAGCUCAGCGCCACAAGUGUCCAAGUUCAGCCGACAUUUGUCUGUGGACCCUCUUCAUGAUUCCUAUUUCAUUCAGUCGCCAUCUACAGAACCUGCCUCGUGCUUAACCAGCCCUGCUAUUGCUGGAGGGCCAGUCAUAUCGGAUGUUACUGAAGCAUCACCACCAAAUGUCGUGUCGCUUCAAUCUCCUCCAGAGGGUGACAGGGGAAAAUGCCACAUGCUGAUCAAGGAAGAACCAGUUAGCCCUGGAGUGAAAGCCACAUCUGAGCCAGAUGUCUCUCUGCCUGGCUGUAGUGCCUGUGCUGAACCCCCUGUGUUACCAGUUGCAAUGGUUCAGUCUGUUUUAGAAGGCAAAGGGAGCUGCGGGGCGCCACAGUCUGCAAGUUCACAGCAACCCGAAAGAAGAGGCAGAAGGGCACCUCUAGACAGAACAGAAAUUUCUGACCCAAUGGAUGGCGCUGAUUUGAGUUUAGAAGGCCUGCAACUGCUGCUGAGGAGCCAGCAGUAUAAUCUGGAACCUGCCAGCGUUUUGGAUGUCUUUAAUCCAAAUCUUUCAGUGAGUGAGUGGAAUCUGACUGACAUGGAAGCCAAUUUUUCACCGAUGCAGCAACUCACAGUGGAUCUGGAGAAGAAUGUAAAUGAGCCGACUCCCAAAGCGUUAAAUCCUCACUGUAACACCACCUGCUCAGGGAAAGCUGUCAUUCUUGAAUGCACCCAGCAGUUUCCCAUUGAGCGUGAAGCAGGCUUCGGGAGCAACAUUGUAAACCUACCUGAAAGUUCAGCUCUUUAUAUUCCAUCUGAAAAUAUGGCUUCCUAUCUGUCCUCUCUGGGUCUCCAAGGAGAUAUCCCAUUAAACCUGAACUCUCCAACUGAAAGUAACUAGUGAUCUAUUUAGCUUUACAAGACAAUUGUGCCUUUUACUCCCUUACAAAACAUCUACAGUUUUGAAUGUAAAGAAACAACAGUGACUUAGAAACACACAAAAGAGUGGUUGCUUUUUUUUUUUUUUUUUUUGAAUUGAUGGAAAACUCAGCCACCAUAACUGUUUGCACUGCCCAAUGUUUUCCAGUGUUUACCCAAGACAAAUUUUACAAUGGGCAGUCUUCUUCCAAGCAACAAACUGCAAUCAUUGCUCACUCCCGUGGGGAGCAAGGGUUUGUUAUUUCCUUUACUCACAAAAACAGUUAAUUUUCUUAAUUUUUUUAUACUCUGUAAGAAAAGCGUCUAAGAUUUUAACAGUAGAGUAAAUGAUAAAACUAUGUCAUGGACAUUGAAAAAUAAAUCUGCACUGGCUAAUGUAAUAUAAAGACAGAUGCAUGGAUUCCAAUGGAGCAGCAAAGAGCAGUGUGUAUAUGCAUGGGGCCUUGUGAAUGCCUAGGUACAGGAAAUCAGUUCUGCAACUGGUCCACCCCCUAAAAGUGUUUUCUUUUUUACCCAUUUCCUUCUUUUGGUUUGAUGAGAUAUACUCGUAUCUCUCCCUUAUCCUCACAGUUUAAGCAGGAUAUCCUGAAUUUGCACAUCCCUCAGUUGAUGUCAGUCUGUGCAGGAGAUAGUACUUUUUCUGAAGGCCCAUCCUAGAUUGUGAAAGAAACUCCCAUAGAAACUAAGGACCAUCAUAAACCAUCUUCCGUUCCAAGUGCAAGAUGCACUUCUUUGACCUGCCUUCUCCAACAUCAGCACUGAGCAGCAUGGACAUUUAAAUUUUUUUUUAAAAACCUACCAAAUCACAACACUCCACUGCACACAGAAUUCUCCCCCUGGGAAGAGGAUGAGACAGAAUGAACCAGAUGUGACGGAUGUUAGUCGCAUCCCUUAAUGCA